UAACAGCGUAGCGGGCACCUGGACCUCAGUGCCUUUCCCUCGCCGGCGGGGCUCGGAGGCUGACGCCAUGGAUCUGCUCGGCUCGCUCAAGUCCUACUUCACCACCAAGUAUGUCAUCACCGACAACCUCAUGUGUCGCCUUCACCACAAGGCGUCCGUGGGAGUGCUACUGGCGUUCAGCAUACUCGUUACUGGCAAGCAAUACGUGGGCGAUCCGAUCGACUGCAUCAGCAAAGACUCGGUGCCUGGGAACUUGUUAGACACCUACUGCUGGAUACACAAAACCUUCAGUGUGCCCACGGCGUGGCACGGAAAACUGGGCGACGAUGUGCCCUAUCCGGGAGUGGCCCCUCACACCGAAGGCGAUCCCAAAGUGUACCACGGCUACUACCAGUGGGUGUGCUUCGUGCUCAUGCUGCAAGCACUGUUCUUCUAUGUGCCUCGCUACCUCUGGAAGACCAUCGAGGGCCGUCGUAUUCAGAGCCUCACGGAGCAGCUGUCGUCUCCCAUGCAAGACAAAGCAACCCUGGAGAAAGCCCGAGGCAUGGUCGUCGACUACCUGGUUACCAACCGUGGCUUCCACGGAGGCUACUUCUUUGGGUUCGUCUUCACCGAAAUGCUCUACUUCGUUAACGUCGUGGCUCAGAUCUUCGUCAUGGACAAGUUCCUAGGCGGAGAGUUCUCCACCUACGGAGCGCGCGUCAUCGAAUUCACCGAGUGGCACUGGGAGGCCCGCUACGACCCGAUGAUCAAGGUAUUCCCGCGAAUGACCAAGUGUACCUUCCACAUGUUCGGUACCUCCGGAGACCUGCAGAAGCACGACGCCGUCUGCGUCCUCCCGAUCAACAUAAUCAACGAGAAGAUCUACGUGUUCCUCUGGUUCUGGUUCAUAAUCCUGUCCAUCAUCACGGGCCUCUUUCUCAUCUACAGAAUGGUUACCAUCGUGUCCAGCGCCGUACGCUUUAACAUCAUGUACAGCCGAAACCGCAACGUCCAAUCGGAGAACCUUCGAGAAAUCGUGGAGAAGAUCGGCACUGCCGACUGGUUCAUCUUCUACCAGAUCAGCAAGAACGUCGAACCGGGACAUAUGAAAGAGUUUGUCGACCACUAUGCCGAGGAAUUGGAUGUCGGAAUCAAGUCGGACAGGCGGAAGCUCAUGGACCAAAAAUGAGAAAUUUGCCCGCAGGGACGUCGCUCUAUACUGCCCAGAAACUACGCAGGCGGGAGUGUUCUUCUUUUUUUUUUUUUUAGUGUGGUGUUGAUGAGAGACGUAUUGUUAAGUGAAUGGGUGUGCCGUCAAAGGAAAGCGUGCUAUAUGCAAGGUUGCUAACAGUGUUUUCCGGAUUUCGUCGUCCCGGCCAA